AUGGCGUCCUCGAACAGGCACUGGCCGAGCAUGUACAGGUCCAGCCUCGCCUGCAACUUCCAGCAGCCGCAGCCUGACAUGAACAACGGCGGCAAGUCCUCACUCAUGUCCUCAAGGUGCGAGGAGAACGGCGGAAGGAAUCCGGAGCCGAGGCCCCGGUGGAACCCGCGGCCGGAGCAGAUCAGGAUCCUGGAAGGGAUCUUCAACUCUGGCAUGGUGAACCCGUCGCGCGACGAGAUCCGCCGCAUCCGCCUCCAGCUGCAGGAGUACGGCCCCGUCGGCGACGCCAACGUCUUCUACUGGUUCCAGAACCGCAAGUCCCGCACCAAGCACAAGCUGCGCGCCGCGGGGCAGCUGCAGCCGUCCGCCCGCGCCACCCUGGCGCGCGCGAACGCCCUGGCGCCGGUUCCCGCCCCCGUGACGCCUCCGAGGCACCACCUGCAGCUCGCGGCAGCUGCUCCCGUGGCGCCCACGUCCUCUUCCUUGUCGUCCUCCGACCGGUCCUCGGGGUCGUCGAGCAAGUCGGUGACGCCGACGACCGCCGUCGCGCUUGCGUCACCGGUUGUCGUCCAGGGCGUGAUGCCGGCGACGGCCAUGGACCUUCUUACGCCGCUGCCGCAGUCGGCGGCGGCUCUGGCCGCGCGCCAACUCUACUACCAGUACCACAGCCAGAUCAUGGCGCCUGCAGCGCCGCCGAUGCCCGAUCUGAUGAUCGCAUCCCCCGAGCCACUCCUUCCGCCGUGGCAGCAAGGCGGACAGCAUUACCUGCCGGCCACCGAGCUCGGCGGAAUCCUCGGCGGCCACACCCACACGCACGAGCCGUCAGCCAUGCACAGGGCCGCCGUUUCACUCUCACCCAGCGUGCUCUUUGGCCUGUACAACGAAGCUCUAGGGCAAGACUGCGCCGACAUCAGCAUCGUCUCCAAGGGACUCGGCCAUGGCCAGUUCUGGAACAGCACCUGCGGUUCUGAUCUGAGCAAUAGCAAGACCGACGCCGUAAGCGCAGUGAUCAGGGACGACGAGAAGGCCAGGCUGGGGUUACUCCACUACCACGGCUUUGGUGCGACGACGAACGCUGCUGCUGCUGUCGCUUCGGCCCCUCUCGCUGCCGCUGCUGCAGAUGCCGGUACGGCGGCCAUGCUGCUUCCAAGCUCUGCGCCGAGCAACGCCGCCGCGGCCACGAGCGCCGCCGUACUCACCGACCAGUUGCAAGGGCUGUUGGAUGCUGGGCUGCUGAUCGGGGAGAUGCCUCCGCCGCCGCCGCCGCCGACGGCGACGGUGGUGGCCGUGGCGCGGGACGCCGUGACUUGCGCGGCCACCGCCACCGCGCAGUUCAGCGUCCCGGCGAUGCGCCUGGACGUGAAGCUGGCCUUCGGCGAGGCCGCCGUGCUGGCGCGCCACACCGGCGAGGCGGUCCCCGUCGACGAGUCUGGCGUCACCGUGGAGCCGCUCCAGCAGGACACUCUCUACUACGUGCUCAUGAUGCAGUGGCUCGUCGUCGUCUCAGGGGGAACCGGGAACUGA